AUGAAGGGCCUCUUUGUCGCUGCUAUCGCUGCCGCCGCGUCGGCGCAAACCAUUACCCUUGCCCCGACAUCGGUCCCUUGCCCAACGCCGUUGGAUGUGUUCGCCGUGUACGAUCUUGUGCCGUGUACGGACCCUCCGCGCACGACGAUGCCCACGGCUGCACCAACCCCUGGUCCAACCAACUCGCCCACUCCCAACCCUACCAACUCGACCACCCCGACCACGACGGCGACCAUCGUUACGACCACAGCCCCCACCACGAAUGACCCCACGUACCCCACGAGACCCCCUUCCACACCUGCGCCAGUAAGUCCCACCACCACAGCGACUACAACUGCAGCGCCAGUCACUCCGACGACUACCGCAUCGAUCACGACUGCGGCACCCGUCACUCCAACAUCGGCGGCCCCAGUGACCCCUACGACCUCGAAGCCAUCGACACCUACCACCGCCACCCCUGGCACCUCGAGCCCUUCCACGCCGACGCCGUCGACACCGACAUACCCGACCAACGCGCCAACAACAACCAGUGCGAACCCAUCGGACCCUGUCUCUACCACCUCUACGCCAUCGACUACCCAGAAUGGCAACUGGACCAACUCGACGACUAUUCCUGCCACAACGGCCGUCAUUGUCCCUCCCACAUGCACUCCAGUGAGUGUCGAAGGCGAUGCCACGUAUUGCAUCGAUGGGCCCAUCUGCAGCGGUUCCGGCGACCACCUUGGCGGAACCAAGUGCCCCGUCAAGGGCGACGUGGCUGUGCAAGACUGCUUGUCGUCGUUGAAGAGUUACACCGACAGCGGCAAGUGUGUCGCUCCCAAGGACGCGGUAUGCAGCAGGGUCGUCACGGGGGUGUGGGGAUGCAAAUGGUAG